AUGGACGACAUCCUGCCUGGAGCUUCUACCCUUCAAGAAGCCAAGGAAAUCCUUCGACAGCUUGUUCUGGUCUGCAAGGCGGGAGGCUUCCCUCUGAAAAAAUGGUCAGCUAAUCACCCUCAGUUACUGUCUACAUUACCUACCGAAGACUGCCUCCAGCAAGAGGCAAGAUGGUGGUUGCCUGGGGCUUCCCCCAUGACUUUUCAUGCCACUCUGGGAUUACGGUGGCAACCUUGCGACGACCUCUUCUCCUUCGCCACCAGCCAACCAACGCUGUCCACGAUCACAAAGCGGUCAGUUUUAUCGUUGACAGCGAAGCUAUUUGAUCCGCUCGGUUGGCUGUCUCCCACGACUGUUCUCGCCAAGACUCUAAUUCAGUCUACGUGGUUACUCGGUAUCGACUGGGACACUCCUCUUCCGGACGAUCAUGAGAAGGCCUGGUUACGCUUCCAAGCGGAGCUCCCCCAACUGGAGAGACUGCACGUUCCUCGAUGGCUGGGCGGAGGAUCGACUGACUGCCGCCUGGAAGUCCAUGGAUUCGCUGACGCCUCAGUCCGUGCCUACGCUGCUGUGGUGCACCUAAAAACCGAGAAGAACGGGGAGUAUGGAGUUACGCUGAUUGCUGCCAAGACGAAAGUUGCUCCGCUGAAACAAAUUUCCUUACCUCGGCUCGAAUUAUCAGCCGCAACUCUUCUGGUCCGCCUCGUUCAGCAAACGCUGCCUCUCAUCGGAGCUGAAAAGGCGCCUCUUCAUCUCUGGUCAGACUCCACGGUGGCUCUCGGCUGGAUCCGUGGACAUCCUUCUUCCUGGGUCACUUUCGUUGCCAACCGGGUCAGCGAAAUUCAGACGUCGCUCCCUGACGCCCUUUGGCAUCAUGUCCCUGGACGCGAAAACCCGGCCGACUGCGCCUCUCGAGGCAUCUUCCCUGGAGAGCUUGAGGCGCAUCCACUUUGGUGGAAGGGUCCCUCUUGGCUGAAAACGGAGAGCGGCCCUUGGACUGUCUUCGGAGAUGAUCCCAGCAACGUCGAGCUACCCGACCGUCGAGCCCGUUCGCACGCUACAGUCUUUGACAAGCGAGGAGACGAACCGGAACUGCUGCUCCAAUACUCUUCCCUGCAGCGACUACUUCGCAUCACCGCCUGGUGUCUCCGGUGGUUACGACAACGCCGACGGCAGCCCAUCCUUCUCAAUCGCGACGGCGGGGUAGACGCUGAAGAACUUCAUGACGCGCUGAUCUACUGGAUACGGGUCGUCCAAGCUGUAAAUUUCAAGGAUGAAUUAAAAUCGUUGCGAGGACUGAAAUCACUACCAAACCGAAGCCCACUCAAUAAACUCAGCCCGUUUGUGGACGAUUCGGGCGUUAUUCGCGUCGGAGGGCGUCUACGACAUUUUCAAAUGUCUUUUGAGGCUACCCAUCCAAUCAUCCUACCGAGUUCGUCGCGAAUUACUCACCUCGUCAUCGAUGCCCAUCACCGACGAUCGUUGCAUGGGGGCACCCAGCUGACCCUGUGUUCUAUCCGUCAAGAAUUCUGGAUUCCUCGUGGACGAUCCCUCGUCAAAAACCAUAUUCACCGCUGCGUUAGAUGCCUGCGAUGGCGGUCGGCUACAGCACAGCCUCUCAUGGGUGACUUGCCUGCACCCAGAGUGACGCCAUGA